GUGUGGUUCCUGCCAGCACAGCAGCCAUCCUGCUAUAUAUACCAGCAGCCACCCCUGUCCCCAUCACGCUCAACACUGAUCACUUGCUGUCAACAACGAUGGGAAAGAUCACCUUCUACGAGGACCGCGGCUUCCAGGGCCGCUGCUAUGAGUGCAGCAGCGACUGCCCCAACCUGCAGACCUACUUCAGCCGCUGCAACUCCAUCAGAGUGGACAGUGGCUGCUGGAUGCUCUAUGAGCGCCCCAACUACCAGGGCUACCAGUACUUCCUGAGGCGUGGGGACUACCCUGACUACCAGCAGUGGAUGGGUUUCAGCGACUCCAUCCGCUCCUGCCGCUCCAUCCCUUACACCAGCUCUCACAGGAUAAGGCUGUACGAGAGAGAUGACUACCGGGGCCUUGUGUCUGAGCUCACAGAAGACUGCUCCUGCAUCCAUGAUCGCUUCCGCCUCAAUGAGAUCUACUCUAUGCACGUGCUGGAGGGCUGCUGGGUCCUCUACGAGAUGCCCAACUACCGAGGCCGGCAGUACCUGCUCAGACCCGGAGACUACAGGCGCUACCAUGACUGGGGCGCCAUGGAUGCCAAAGUCGGCUCCCUGAGACGGGUCAUGGAUUUGUACUGAGCCUCAUUUUGCUUGUUAAAAUCCACACACAUGCAAUAAAUACUUGUGUUCCUGGCAUUAA